UGCAGUGGAGAGGGUGUUGCUCUGUAGGCUGUAUACUCUAUAAAAACCUGUUUGCUGGACGCCAGAAUAGUCAGACACACUAACACGCACACACACACACACACACACACACUCCUGGAUGUGCGUUACAGCUCCUUAACUAACGCACGUUUCUCCGGAGCGCGUGCCAUGUGAGACGCACACGGUUUCACCGGGAAUAUGCGGUGCAUCUGGUUGAAAAUGUGGUUUCGUGGAUGUCAGCGCUCUAGAUCAACUAAACUGGGACUAAUUUGAACACCAUUUGUUCAUCUGACAUUUUUGUGUGUGUGUGUGUUUUUGUUUUUCUUUUGUUUUUUGGAGUAAAAAACCUGGGGAUGGCCAAGACGUCGCUUCUGGAUUUGAGCGUUUUGAUUUUAAUCGGAUUAACAGCCGCACAUGCAAACGGUAUUAUGCAUUUUUGUUAAAGAUGAACGUGAUGAAAGUGUCGUAAGAACUCUGAGAUCUUUAGAGAAAGAUCACCCUGUGGAUGAGUUAUACAUUGGAAUGUAUCUUAUGUGCUUCGUGAAGCUAUGGAGGCGCCAGGAAUUUGAUUCUUAUUUCAACAGACUAUUAUUAAUAUUGGAAUAAUUUCCACUAUAUUCGUGUUUCUGCGAGUUUUUGUGUUCUUGAUGCUGAUUGGUGGCCUUAACCAAAUAUUUUUGUUGUUGUUGUUGUUGCAAAAUUACCUACAUAAAACUUUUGCAUAUAGAAUAAAACUUUCCUUUUUUUCUGACAUGAAAUUUUUGUCAUCAGACCCUUUUUUCUCUCAAUCGUUUCAUCAACAUUUUAUAAUUUCUUUCAUAUAUUCAUCUUUAUUAUCCACUUUAUCCUGUGGAGGAUCCAGCGCAUAUCCCGGGAAUACUGGUCUCAGAGUGGAAAUACAGUACAUCCUGGAUGGGAUGCCAGUUCAUUUCAGAGCAACAUUCACACACAUACACAAACACACACUCACACCUAGGGGCUAUUCAGAGUACAGCCUGUAUAUCUAUUGGUAUGUCUUUUGGGAGGUGGGAGGAAACCGGAGAACCUGGAGGAAGCGUGUACACUCCUGGGGAGAGCAUGCACAGAACAUGCACUUUCCCCUGUUAAACACAAAGUAACAUGAAAUGUGGGAAAACGCGGAUAGUAAAAAAAAAAACAACAACAUUUAGUAGCAAACCUAAAUAUAGUGAUACAUAAGUAUUGUGUAUGGUAAAAACUUAUCUUCAAGUAAGGUGGUGUGAUAUUGUUACCAUAUCGCUCACUCCUAUAGUUUACUCCUUGUCUCGUGCCACAGGGAUUCCUCUGCACCGGAUUGUCGCGCGCGAGGAGAGCGCACUUGAGGCCGAGCGAGCGAGCAUGGGCGCGAGGACAGCACCGGCACCGGCACCCACGGAACGCACGCGCGGAUCCGCCGACGCCCACGACCACGACCACGACGUCACAGGAUCGUCGCGCGACUCUCAUCCGCGGAGCAGAGCCAAACGGUGCACGUGCUAUACGUACAAAGACAAAGAGUGCGUUUAUUAUUGUCACCUGGAUGUCAUCUGGGUGAACACGCCAGAGCGUAUGGUGCCGUACGGCCUGUCAAGUUACAGAGGCUCUCAGCGUGCAAGGCGCUCUGCAGCAGACAGGAGAACGACACAACGAUGUGCGUGCACCCUGCAAAGCGACCCUCAUUGCAACAGCUUCUGUGGGAAAAGGGGGAGGUUACCAUGACCACCUGGACAUACCUUAAAGAAAAGAAGCUUAUGUGUCUGAAAAGGAGGAAUUCCAUUAUCCAGUAGAGAGACGUGACAGGAAAGAAGAAAAACACAAUGGAGCGUUUGUGGAACGCUCACACAACCGACGAGCCUGGAGAAUAAGUCAGAGUGUGAUUCAAUGCGAGGAUAUUUUGACACAAAUGGUUAACUCAUCAUGUUACAGCUUGUCUUCUGCAGCACCCAAGGCUGACUCUUUAUUCUGACUAUUGGCUCCACUUCGUCGCCUUUAAUUAACGACAUGCAGAGCCAAGUAUUAAGAUCAACUUGCUAUAAUAAUCUGAAUUCCGAAUCACAGGUUGGGCAAAAUCACUAAUCCGGUUCGGAUGGUUGUACACUGUAGAUACUAAGACGAAUCUGAGCUGUUUUCUCAUUUUCCAGCCUACAAUACCAUGUGGUAAUGUUUCUGAUUAGAUGGCACUUAAAUAUAGACGCGCUAACAGAGAAACAAAACUGAGGACUGUACAUGAAUCAAGUUUUACAGCUGUUUAUACACCAACGAUUAACAUGACCUAUGUUUUAUAAUCUACAAUAUUUUCACUUGUGUAACUUUGGGCAUUGCUUCACAUAAAAACAAUCCCAGCAUACAAAUUCUAACACUUUAUUUUGCUAUAUUGUGUGAUAUAAUCCAACUGAUUCUCCUUUUAUCACUAUUGGUGAUUAUAGUAAAAAAAAAAAAAAAAAAAAAAAAAAAAAGAUUGAAAAUCACUGUUUUGGUGGUCAUUUAGGUGUCCUACUUGUCUAAAACUUCAGAAUAAAAAUACAUUAGAUGUUAUUACACAUCUGUGCUGCACUGAUGGAACAUAAUAACAGGAACUAUUAUUAAAACUGUGCAUGGAAAACCAUUUAAAGAAUAAAACACAACAGUGCGUGUGUGUUACCGCCCCAAAAUUGAUUAUUUUCCAAUUGCAGCACUCCCUGAAGUGCAUUAUUCCUCUUGGGCCACACAGUUAUAAAUUUGUAUCUAUUAAUUAAUGACAUUUCAUCUGUUUUCUCCAUUCAUAAUUACAUUUAAUGUUGUGGAAUGUCUGUGAAGCAAGUUAGUUCCUGUUCACACUUACAUUAUUGCAGUUAUAAACAGUCAUUCCUUCACCAGCCUCUCAUUUUUUCCUCUCUAUUGAGGUUAAUAAGUCGAGAGCUUGCGUUGUUACUGAGAAGCCAGAGAGCGAUACUUACUGAUUGUUCCAAAGUGCUGACACUGGAGACUCCUUCCUUCUGUAAAUGUUAUAUAAACCUCUCCUCACAAUAUCAAUGAUUAUACAUUUUUCUUUGUUAAAUAACAACAGGCUUAAAUGAUGUGGAUUACUAUCUACUUAUAUAAACCUGUGAUUUGUGGCUGCGCUAUUGUCAGCUGUUAUACAAAAUGAAUCAACUUCUGACCAAUCAGAUUCAAGAAUUCAUCAAUACUGUGGCCAUUUAUUGAAGCCCACUUUACACUCUAGAGAUGAUCCACUUGUUUGAGUGAACGAUUUUGUCUGGCCAGGUCUGUUUUUUUCUGCUUUAACAUGGUCAGACAUAUCUAGACAUGUACAAAACUUAACAUGUACAUUACUGCUGUCUAAUACUAAAUUAAACAUGUCAUUAUUACUAUCA